CCCUAUACCGUUAUGGAGACCCUCGAAUCUAGUCGCGUCUGCCGCCUUUGCGGCAAGCAAUCCGGUAUCUCGAUUAAUAUUUUUGACAAGAAUGAGAACCACGUGAAGAAAAUCAACGCCAUUCUCCCGAUCAUGGUGCACGAAAUGGACCUGUUGCCGAAGCACAUGUGUCAUCGGUGCAGUUACAAGCUAGAGGAGUUUCACAAAUUCUACAUGGACUGUCUGAAGACAGACGCGGGUUUGAAGAAUCAGUUGUCAUGGAUGCGAAAGGAGGACUCGAAGGAGAGAGUCGGUGUGCCGAUGGUGCACAUAGAGAACAUCAAGAUCAAAGCAGAGCCACCGGAUUACCACCUGUACGACGAUAACGACUACAUAAAUUCGAUGAGUUCGGUAACUUAUCCGGUGAACAGUGUCCAAUCCAAUAAUAUUCCCGAUCGUAUAACGUAUACUUCGUAUGCACGUUGCGGCUGUUACUGUGAUAAAGCGGACCAAAGUAAUCAAACUGUACCUACGAACUACGAGAACGAAAUAUCGAGAUGUAGUAGAAUAAACGCCAUGAGGCAGGACAACGACGGCUGCGCUAACGUAUCGCGAGCAGUGCAGGGGAAUUUGUUGGCGCAUCAACCGCUCAACGAACGAUCAAAUUUAGUCAAGCAAAAUUUAGUCAGCGAGGUUAAAGAUUCGCGAAGAACUACUUUUUCGAAUUUCAGCCCAUCGACGGAUAAGUCUAGUAGCGCGAAAAAAGAAACUUCGAAGGAUGUGAUAGUACGUAAUUUGAGGCCUAGGAAAGCUUCUGUAGAUUACGUGGGAAUUAGGAAAAAGCUUUCCACCUGUUCGUCAUUGAACGAUGAGAAUAGGUCAACGAUCGUGGAGACAAAACUGUCAGCCCCGACGGAAUUCGAUGUGUCGCAGAUUAAGAUAGAGAAAUUGGAUUUCGAAGGACCCGUCUUAAGACCGAGAAAAGGGACCAUUGAUUACAGAGAACCAAUACGGAGGUAUUCUAGAUCCACGAAUAAGAGCCAAAGAUCGCAAAGUGAUAAGACGAAAGUUCGGAAUAUUGCAAGCAAAUUAAAAUUACCGUUGAGAAAGAUGCCGAAACGAAUGAAAAACAAAGUAAAGUUAGAUAUAAAGACGGAACAGCUGUCAGAUCUGGAGGAUCUGGUAAUGGAGGGAUCGGUGUUAUCCCUAACCGAUGAGAUCGACGCACUGCCUAACAGUUAUAACGUAAACGUACGAAACGAUAGAGUUAAUUGCGAUGCACGAUUAAACCGUGCGCAGCACACCGAUAAUUUUAGUAUAGCAAAUUGGAAACCAUUGCGAAAUCUACCCAAGGAUAAAUUCAAGUCGGGGAAAGUCGGUUUGCAUCGGAUCGGAGGGAUAAAUUAUUCGACCAGAUAUUUGAGAAGUCAAGAUGUUUGUCUGAGAAAUGGUAAGAUACGGAAACCCGAUAGCACGGAUGUGUCGAUUAAGAAAUUACGAAGAAGUUUUCGAAAUUUCAUGCACAGAAAUAAAACGUCUGGUAAAGCUUUAAUGAAGGCAAUCAGAGGUAGUGUCACGAGCAAAAUGUCCGCCGCGAUGAAAGUGCUAGAUAUCAAGCACUACUGCGACGAAUGUAACACGAGUUUCGCUAACAAAGAAUUAUUCAAACUGCACGUGUGCUAUGGACAUUGAUCAUUUUACGAAAUCGCCGGUAACGUGACAUCGCGUAAAUUUGUAUUUUUUAAGCCUCUUGAGCAGUCGCUCGCGUUACCUGUAUUCGUACCAAUACGGCCAUGAUUACAUAGAUUUUGUUGAUAAUUGAUCAUAAAUAUAUAUAUACAGAUACUUUUUCUCUUUCUAAUCUUCUAGGGAAGAACAUGUACCUAUGAAAUUAUUUUGAGCACACGCUAUUGAUACGCUAAAUAUUGUAAUACUAUUUUUAUGAACGAACAUGUAUACAGUAUAAAUAAUAGUCGAUUGUUGAUAGGGAAAAAAUAUAGUAAGGCAAUGUUGCGAUGUACGCUUAAGAAUUUAUGCAGAUAAAGGAUUCACGGAUCGCCUUUGUAUUUUAAAUGAAGAUGAUAUAUUAUGUAUAUAUAUGUAUAUCUUUUCCAUAUAGAAUAUAUCAUAUAUGAUUUCAUAUAGAAUAUAUAAAUAAAUAAAUAUAUAUAUAUAUAUAUACACACACACACACACACACACACACACACACACACACAUAUUUUAACAGAUGUUAGAUAUUCAUAUACACGAAAUUGUGAUAUAUAGUUGAAAAGAUGUUAGGUUCGUAUUCAUCCUGUAUGUUAUUAACUCAUCUCUUUUUUUAUUUCACGCUUUGCUCUUCUAGUGUGAUAAUCGUUAACAUCGAUCGAACGAAUACGUAUGUAUAUGAACGCAAGUAUCAUUUUGCGUUAUUAUUAUUAUUAGUUAUUUGCGUUACUAUCGACAACGUGAUACUGCUAGUACUGUUAGGAAGAACGAUGAUUGUUGGAUUUGAUGCGCGGAAUAAUCGUGGAUAAUGUUUAACGCUUUCUGCACUAAAAAUGUUACUAAACAUGUUUGAUUCUAUUAUUCAUUGUUACUGGAUAUUAAAUGCACUCGUCAUCCCUUUGUACAGAAUUCUUUAUUAAAUAAGAAAUGUUCUCUACAACUGUCUAACAAUUUUAACGAUUAAAAAGUUGUGCAAUCAUUGCACAACAAUAAAAAAGAAAUAAAUUCUAAAUAGAGAGCAGUAAAA